UAUCUCGCCACCAUCUCGUUCUGUACCACAGUACAGCUUUCACGAUAAACUCUCCCUCAAAACGCAAAUCAAGAUCUAACAAUGGCAAACAUCAACCCGGAGCAAAUCAGAAGCAUAAUCGGGCGCUUUCGAGUUCUGAUCAUAGGGAGAGCAAACGCAGGCAAAACAACCAUCCUUCAGAAGGUCUGCAACACCACAGAUCAACCAGACAUUUACGAUGCCAAAGGAAAUAAGAUCGAUGCUGACGUCGUGAAAGCCUCGAUCAAGCGUGGAAACCACGACAUCACGAACGAGAUGGUGUUCAGGAGCAGUCCUGGUUUCGUCUUCCACGACUCUUGCGGGUUCGAAGCGGGAUCUGAAGGAGAAUUUGAGAGCAUGAAGAGAUUUGUCUCAGAGCGCGUACACGCGACGAAACUGGAGGAGCGACUCCAUGCCAUCUGGUAUUGUAUUCCGAUGGACGAAUCCUGUCGGACAUUCCAGCGGUCGGAGGAGAAAUUCUUUUUUGACUGCGACACCGGGCACGUUCCCGUGAUUGCGGUGUUCACCAAGUUCGAAGCUCUCCGUCCAGUGGCGUAUGGAGAAAUCAAGAAGGAACUAAAAGGUGUAUCUGCAGAAGAACGGUCAAAAAGGAUAGCCCAACGCGUUGAAGAACUAUUCACUAAGACAGGUGUUUGUGAUCGGUUGUGCGACCCUGAAAACCGUACGCGUCCUAAGUUCUAUGUGCGCUUGGAGAAUAUGAACAAGCCGAAUACAAACUGCAACGUUCUACUGGAACGCACCACUUUCGCAUUGGACAGCGAGGAAUUGCGGUUGUGCUUGGUGUCGACACAACAAUCAAAUCUGGAGCUUUGUAUCAAGUGUGCUGUCGCAAUCCUCGUUGGUCGUGCACAUAAGCUGUUCGGGCUCGACUAUGAAGUCUAUCAGUACGAUAUUGCUAAGUGGUUUCCGCAUCUCCAACGGGUAAGAUCAUGGUUUACGAAGCUCGAGUAGCACAGGCAACGCUGAUGCCUUGUUACUGCUCGCCUGUUGACAGUUGGUAACGCUGCUGCUUGCCUGUUGACAGUGGGUGAGUGCCUUGAUUGUUU